AUGAAAAUGACUACUGCAACUCCAAUAACGAAGAAUAUUAUCCAUGUCGGACAAAAAUAUAUUCCCAUCGAAGACGGAAGUAAAGUAUAUUUCCACUUUCAAACAUGGAAGUUGGGGAAGGAUAGGAUAUUAAUAGACGACAGUAGGAAAAUAGGGAAAAAGGAACCUAUGGUGCUGGUAAUUGGACACAAAUUUAAACUUGAAGUCUGGGAAGCAAUCAUUAAGAUGAUGGCUAUCGGGGAAGUUGCAAGUUUUCAUGUGAAAAAAGAGUUAGUAUAUAGCUAUCCCUUUGUGUCCAAAACUCUAAGAGAAUUAGGUCAGGAGCAGAGAGUAAAGCAUAGUUGUACAAUGACAUUGCACACAGAGGGUAUCGGAUAUGCUGAUUUAGAUGGUCUUAUUAAUCAACCAAGUGACUUGGAAUUUGUUAUCGAAUUAUUAAAAGUCGAAAACUCAAGUGAAUAUGAAAAGGAAUUAUGGCAGAUGAGUACUGAAGAGAGAUUUAAUAUGAUACCCGAGCUAAAAAAGAAGGGCAAUAUGCUGUAUGGACAGAAAUUAUUUGAUGAAGCAGAGAAGGCAUACACCGAGGCUUUGUCUAUUUUAGAACAAAUGAUGUUAAGGGAAAGAAAAUGUGAUAAUGAAUGGAUAACACUAAACAAAAUCAAAAUUCCCAUUCUACUCAACUAUGCUCAGUGCAAAUUGAUCAAGGAAGAGUAUUACUCAGUUAUAGAGCAUUGCAACACAAUUCUGGAACAUGAUAAAGACAAUGAAAAGGCUUUAUAUAGACGAGCUAAAGCUCACACUGGUGCCUGGAAUCCAGAUGCCGCAGAAGAAGAUUUUAGAAGAUUAAAAAAAUUAAAUCCAGCUAUGACCGCCAUAUGUGAUAAAGAAUUGGAAUAUCUCAAAAAAUUACGCCACGAGAAAACAGAACAAGAUCGUGAUGCUCUUAAGAAUUUAUUUGGUACAGAGAUUGCGGCUUCCUAG